AUGGGCCCCAAGAAAUCAUCCAACAAAAGAGGAAACUCGAAGUCCCGGGCGUCUCCACCGAAGAAACCGAAAAGAUCCCCAACGUCCACCGUCGCGUGUAAUGCAGCUCAAGAUGACGAGAAUCCGUCAAACACGGAGUUCGAGUUCUAUCACGCUGAUGACCUCAUCUGUGGUCUUUACACCACGGGUGCGUUCAAGUUACCCUCAAAGUACAAAGGCCGGCGCACGGGAUCUCAUGCUGUAGAUAUGUGGUUUCUCGGGUAUCGACAGUCCACCGAUGCAGCGAGGGUUAAAGCAUAUAUCGAAGAGGAAACACGCGACUGGAGAGGUGUCUACGAUUCCAUGCGAGUCUAUAGAGGACGUCGUGACGAUCAUAAGCGUGAGUUCCCACAGGACACCCCUGUUACUACUACAAGGGCAAGACGGUUCCGCGAAGUUUUUGGAGACGCACGGAAAUGCUUCUUGCUCGCUUCGCUUCUCUGCUGGAACGAAAAUCAUGUUCCAAUGGCCCAAAGCAAGACUAUGCGUCUAGAGUUCGAAAUUGAAAGGUGUCGAGCUUUGAUACACUACGAGGAAUUGGAAGCUUUGCUUGGACCACUGGAACUUAAACUGGGGAAUCGUCCCAAAAAUGAAGUCCGCGCUCUGUAUGCCUUCAGCGAGCAACAGAAGAGCGACAAGAACGAGAGGAUUCAGGCUGCCAAAAGGAAGGUCCAUCAAGCGUCGUUGAUACAAGCAGAUCAAAAUCAAUUGAAUGCCCUCUCUUGGCCCCCCAGAAUACCGGGUGCCGCCGCCGUGAUCACGACUGGCAACCGACAGAGCAGCCACGUGCCAGCGGUGUCAGUCGCCUUCGGCACAGGCAACCCCCUGCUCGACACAAUGGAGGCUCUCGACCUAGUGAAGGAAGAUUACGAUACCAGCCACCCUCACUAUGCCGUUCUCCAGGCCAUGCGCGAGGACCUGGAUGCCAUUGCGGGCGGCAAGCGGGCCAGGAGGUAUGACGCCGGCGCCCACGCCGAGAAGUCACCCAUCCACCCGCCGCCGCAUCUGCGCGACCUCGACCGCAGCCAGAUGCUCCCCGGCACAUUGCCGCUCUGGCACCCCAAGCCAAACCCGGUCCGCAUCAUCCACAUGCCCCCGAACGGAGUCCUGCCCGCCGGUAUACGCGUGAAAAACAAGAAAUACCCUACAGCAUCUCCAACCGAUUCACCGUCACCACUGCCACCCAUGCUGCCCACGGGUUCUGGAUUCGAUCAACGAGGACGUUCCACAGCCCCUGAUAACCUCAGUGCCCCUCCCGGGAGUGCUUGCUAUCACGAGUAA